AUGAUAAAAUUGAAAGCUCCUCCCUCAGAAUACAUAACCAGUUAACCACACACACUUCGGUUAAUCAGAAAGAAGCUAAUCGGAAUCGCAAGACACCGCCGACGACGACAUGGCCGCCGCCGUGACAGAUAUGGCCCGCCGCCACACGAUUAGCCAAAUACUGGUGGACCUCGUCAAGUUUGCCGUCGGUUCCGCCAUCGACGGCUCUCGCAAAAUCAUCCCUGGUAGGAAGCAGGUAGAUAAGAUGGUGCCAGAAGGAUUGAUAAACAUACCCUUGCCAACCCCUGUAAAUGCCAAGAAACACCCUGAUUUAAAGGUUGCAAAUGAUCUCCAUUUUGAGACAAAAAUGGAGGAAGUGAAGGAAGACUUGAAUAACAUAAAGCAGCAGUACAAAACAUCAACCAAACGCAUCCAGGAGUCACAGCCACCGAACAAAUCGGAUGAUGGCUUUAAGGAAAUCAAUCAUGUGCAGAGCAAUGGAAGGAGAGUAUUCAUCCGAUCUCGACUGUAGAAUGGAAUUUACAUACACUAGGAUUCUACAUAUCCAUAAGAUAGUGAAACAUAAUAUGUGCUUUGUUUUUCUGUUCUCCCCUCUCACCAUGUUAGAUGGGAAGGGGGAUGAUAACCAGGUUUGAGGUUUGAUCGUAUGAGCCUGGGUACUAUCACCACUUGAAGUAUACUAAGUUUAUUAGGUCCUAUAACAUGUCCUUCCCUAUAGUAUUUAUAUCAUAUAGUAUGUCCUAUAAUAUCUAUUUUUCAAAGCCCUGUAUGUAACAUGUCCUAUAACAUCUAUGUUUCAAUGGAUAUACUGCAAUUUGUAAACCCCACUUGUUUAUUUUAUUUUAUUUUAUUUCAGUGAAACAGAAAAGUUGGAGGCA